UUUGUUUAUGGCCAAAGUCUGUGUGGAGAGAGAGAAACAUAAAGCAAAGAGGCCUCCUCCGUUGCAUCAUCUCUCUCUCAUUCAGACUUUCCAGUUCAGCUUCUUCCCAACCCAUCCUCUGCAGAAGCACACCCAAAAUCCACCACUUCAACUAGAUCCAUCUCUCCAACUUCCCCUACCAGCUCAAACGACGUCGUCCAGCUCCACCAUUCCCUUUCACGGAACCCUCGUCUUCAAAAUUCAAUCAAUCCUUCAAUCUCUCGUCUCUCGGGGCAGAAACCCAAUCCCCAAUUCGUCCCUACGUGAAUUCCCUGCAUGCGCGUACUGCCUAUUCGGGUCGAUUUCAAAAAAAAAUUUACAGUAAGUUUUCGAUUUUCUUGCUUGGGGGGCGAUAAAUAAUCGAUGGAGGAUUGCUUGGGCAGCGACGAGGAGUACUAUUACUCCGAUCAGGAUUCUCUCGACGUCAUCGAGAAUGAAGACUCUGAUCUUCCGUGGAUUCUCCCCAAGGGGCCCACUACUAAGGUGAUCACCAAAGAAUCUCUUUUGACUGCGCAGAAGGAGGAUUUGCGCAGGGUGAUGGACUUGCUAUUCCUUAGGGAGCACCAUGCCAGGACUUUACUUAUUCAUCAUCGCUGGGAUGUUGAGAAGCUUUUUGCGGUGUAUGUAGAGAAGGGAAAAUCUUGGUUGUUUGCGGAAGCAGGUGUAACUGUUGUUGAUCAUCAAGAUCUUGACCCAUCGCCCCCCAAUUCUCCAGUAAUGUGUGCUAUUUGUAUAGAAGAUGUACCUAGUAAUGAGACGACAAAAAUGGAUUGUGGACAUUGCUUUUGCAACAGUUGCUGGACAGAGCAUUUCGUUGUAAAGAUAAAUGAGGGUCAAAGUAAGCGCAUUAGGUGCAUGGCUCACAAAUGCAAUGCCAUUUGUGAUGAAGCUGUUGUCAGAAAUCUAGUCAGUAAGAGGCAUCCCCAGCUUGCUGAAAAAUUUGACCGUUUUCUUCUUGAGUCAUAUAUUGAGGACAAUAAAAGGGUUAAGUGGUGCCCGAGCACUCCUCAUUGUGGGAAUGCAAUACGCGUGGAGGAUGAUCAGUUUUGUGAGAUAGAAUGUUCUUGUGGUCUGCAAUUUUGUUUCAGUUGUUUAUUACAAGCUCAUUCACCAUGUUCAUGUUUAAUGUGGGAGCUUUGGGCCAAGAAGUGCCGUGAUGAAUCAGAGACAGUUAAUUGGAUCACAGUUCAUACAAAACCUUGUCCCAAAUGUCACAAACCUGUGGAGAAGAAUGGUGGCUGCAACCUUGUGAGCUGUAUCUGUGGACAAGCAUUUUGUUGGCUAUGUGGUGGAGCGACUGGUCGAGACCAUACAUGGUCAAGUAUUGCAGGUCAUAGCUGUGGUCGGUACAAAGAAGACAAAGAAAAAAAUGCUGAGCGGGCAAAGCGGGAUCUUUACCGGUAUAUGCACUAUCAUAACCGUUACAAAGCUCAUACUGAUUCCUUUAAGCUUGAAAGUAACUUGAAGGAGAGUAUACAAAAGAAGGUGUCAAUUUCAGAGGAGAAGGACUCAAAUCUCAGAGAUUUCAGCUGGGUAAACAAUGGACUCUCCAGACUUUUCAGAUCAAGGAGGGUUCUUUCAUAUUCGUACCCAUUUGCUUUUUAUAUGUUUGGAGAAGAGCUGUUUAAGGAUGAGAUGACAGAGGAGGAAAGGGAAAUAAAACAAAAUUUGUUUGAGGAUCAGCAGCAGCAACUUGAGGAAAAUGUUGAGAAAUUAUCCAAGUUUUUGGAGUCACCUUUUGAUCAAUAUAAUGAGAAUGAAGUUAUGGAUGUAAGGAUGCAAGUGAUCAAUCUCUCAGCAAUCACGGAUACCCUCUGUCAGAAAAUGUAUGACUGUAUUGAGACUGAUUUAUUGGGCUCUCUACAACUUGGUAUCCACAACAUAGCACCUUACAAGUCGAAGGGCAUUGAGAAGGCAUCAGAACUUCCUGUUAGUUGGGUCAAUAAUGCCAAUAAUGCCAAUAAUGCUGAUAAAGGUCCAGCAUUGCAUUGUGGUACAAGUGGAGGAUCGACGGAACUGGAACAAGCUUCAGGUUUUGGAAGUUCAGAUGAGAGCGGAUGCUCCUCUCGGAAGCGUGCUAGGAAGGAGGGUCUUGGAGGUGGUUUUGAUCUAAACUUGCCAGCAGAGGUUGACAGAUCUGAUUCAUGAAAGCUGCAUGCUUCAUACAGAAAAAGGUGUACAGUCUCUAACGUAAGACCCUAUUUUUCUACGAUGGUAUCAUUAUUAUUAAACACUCAAGUGCUUUACGUUCUAAGCUCCCAAGUGCUCUGAGUUUUCCCCAUUCUUCCUUGUGUUGCUAUUUGUUUCUCGUGGAAGAGAAAUUUGGAGAUCCUUGUAUCUAGAUCCAUUUCUUUUUUUUGAAAAUAUGUAUUUUGUAGAUAUAGUUUAUGGGGCGGGGGCUAUUCGGGGGAGCUAAAUUUGUAAAUUUUCCAACUGAAAUUUGAGCUAUUCUUAGUUAUUAUCUUGGGAUAAUAUUAAAAAAUUUUGGAGACUGGAAAUACUUUAAACUCUAUCAUUUGUAUUAGGAGGUCGUUUUCUUGUUU